GGCAUGAUUUACCUUUGCAGAAGUCAUGCUGGUUCUCUCCCAGUAGGGGUCUUCAGGGUAAAUCUGGUGAGUUAAAGGUCUUCAAAAGCCUCGUGUGAAAAGCUUCCUGGUUUGGAUUGAGAAUUAAUACAUUGAGAGCUAAUACGCCCUUUAUCAAGGUGAACAGUUUUUCUCUUCGAAAUCGGAAGGGCAAGGGAAGAAGCCCCACUUUGAUUCCCGACUGAGAUGCCAGCAAAGAGUUAAGAACUCAGUGGCCCCACCCAUUACAGCAAUUCCUGUCUGUUGGUGAAAGAACUCCGGCCUUCUUGGAGGCUGUCUUUGGAGCACAGAAUUGGAGAUGGAAAUGCAAGACUCAGGUGGCCCAGAGACCAUCAAGGCUGGGAGCGGUGAGGAAAUCUGGGAAAAGGCUCUACAGGAAUUCCUGCACAAGGACACGCUCUCUUCAGAUGUACAGUGCCAGCGCUUCAGGCAAUUCCGCUACUAGGAGGUUGAGGGGCCACAACAGGUUUGCAGCCGACUCAGCCACCUUUGCUGUCAGUGGCUCAAACCAGAGCAACACACAAAACACCAGAUCAUGGACCUAGUGAUUCUGGAGCAGUUUCUGACCAUCCUGCCCCCGGAGAUGGAGAGCUGGGUGAGGGAAUGCGGAGCGGAGACCAGUUCGCAGGCAGUGGCCCUGGCAGAAGGUUUCCUCCUGAACCAGGCAGAGGCCAAGAAGCAGGAAGAGCAGCAGGUGCAGGGUCGACUUGCAAAAGCAUCUGCUGCUGAUUCUGAGGCAGAGAAGGCUCUAUCAGAUGCCAGUCGGAAGCUGCUUCAUGGGGGGACCUCCCAGGAGGAUCAUGCAGAUGCCGCCUCACUAGUUCAUGGAACACCACUGGAGGGGUCGACAAGGUUGUGGCUCCCGUGUAUUGAUGGAGAAAGAGAUUCUACACGAGCAGACCAGGGUGCCGUGUCCUUUGAGGAGGUGGCUGUGCAUUUCAUGGAGGAGGAGUGGGCCCUUCUGGAUGCAGAUCAAAGAGCCCAGCACAGAGCAGUCAUGGAGGAGAAUAGGCAGAAUGUGGCCUCUCUGGGUGAUGGGUGGAAAAGCAAGUCUGAAGGAGAAGCAUGCAGAUCACGAGUAGAAAGAGUGAGAUGUACAAAGGAAGGACAACAGAGAAAAGCAAGAAAAGGAAACCAGGAAAGGAAGAACGAAUCUAGUCUUGUUCAUGCUGGUGACUGCCAAGAAACACCAAUCCCAGGAGAAAUACAGAAGGGAAAGCAGAGAAAGACCCUCCCCUGUGAGAAAAGCAUUGGUUAUAAAUCAUGGCUUACAUGUCAUUGGAGAAUGAAGAGAGGGGAGGAGCCUUUUAAGUGCUUGGAUUGUAGAAAGAGCUUCAGUCAGAACUCAGAACUUAUUAGACAUCAAAGAAUGCACACUGGGGACAAACUGUUUAAAUGUUUGGAGUGUGGAAAGAGCUUCAAUCGGGACUCAGUUCUAAGGAGACAUCAAAUAAUCCACACAGGAGAGAAACCGUUUAGAUGCUUGGAGUGUGGAAAGAGCUUCAAACGGAACUCACAGCUUAGAUUACAUCAAAUAAAUCACACAGGAGAGAAACCGUUUAGAUGCUUGGAGGGAAGGCAGCUUUGCUCUCUCAAUCCCCACCGCCGCUCCUCCUCCUCCUCUUCCUCCUCCUCCUCCUCCCUCGAGGCGGGUUUCCCAGUCCGUGUUUGCACGAAGGACUGACUUGCCCUUGUACAGUAGUGGCAUUUGUCGCUCGUCGCUCCCCAUCUGGAGGAGAUCUCCCAUCGCAGGCAGCAUUCCCAUGACUUGCCCCAACUGAAUGGGGAAAGAGAGCACGAGCUCUCCUUUUUUCAAGCGCCUCUUUCCUGAAAAAUUCCCAAAUUGAGCCACCAGGAAGGAACAAGAGAUACCCUCCUCUCCCACUUUCCGUUAAGCUACCCUUCUAACCACCUACUAGUACUAGGGGGACCACCAAUCCACUUGGUUGACAUUUUAGCUUUAGCCAGUACUUAAGGACUGCCAACCACACUCUGGUCUCCACCUUAUUCACCCGGCCUCCAGCCUUAAGGCUGAGUUGGAGAUGCCUUUUGGCCUUUGAAGAACCAUUCUGAGAGAUUUACUUUGGACAGCCUCCUCAGGGGUAAAGUGGUUCAAAUAAGGACCCAGCCGAGCUCCAAAGAGCAGCUGGGCUAUGGGCUUGGCUGGAAACCACUUAAUAGCUGCUGGGACAAAUUGCCCCUUUUUGGAGGGAUUGAACCUUGAGAUCAUAGUAGCACUUCGCUGCUCUGGUUGGGUUCUAUAGUCUAAGUGUGCUUUCCUCCCCUCCCCCCCAUUGUGUGAAACAUCACCCCUAGGUACUUAAAAUCAAUCAUGUUGCUAUUAAUUCCACAUCUGUGAGAAGUCUCUUGGCAAAGACCAUUACUUUGAUUUUUUGUGGUAAUUGAUUAGCAAACGGUCUUCUAGACAGAACUGGAAGCAGCACUGCAGUCAGUUUUGCAGUCAGUGGCUGUUUUUCCUCCCAUUAGGCAGCUACCAGUUUGAGCCUUGCAGCAUUUGCCUAUUUUUCUAAGUAAAAGUAUAAAUACAUAUAAACAUAGACCUAUUCAGGGAUCACUGCCACAAGCACAAUACAAUCAAUACAGCCAGCGUGGUGUAGUGGCUAGAGUGCUGGACUAAGACUGGGGAGACCCGAGUUCAAAUCCCCAUUCAGACCACUCACUUCUCUCUCAGCCUAACCUACUUCACAGGGUUGUUGGGAGGAGAAACCUAAGUAUGUAGUACACCGCUCUGGGCUCCUUGGAGGAAGAGCGGAAUAUAUAAUGUAA